AUGACGGCUUCUUCAAAGCAGCUCGAGAGAUGUUGCUUAGCAACAGUGGGAGCCACCGUAGGCUUUCCAAAGCUAAUCAAGACAGUUUUGGAGGAUAAAUUCUGGGAACAUAUACGAGCCCAUGGCUUCACUUCCCUCCGGAUUCAAUGUGGCCCAGAUUUGCCCUGGGCAUCCGAGUACCUCUCCUCCCACAAAGAUCAAAUCCCCCCAGGUCUAAAAGUCGAGUUGUUUGGACUGAGCAAGAAUCUGAUGCUCGAGGAAAUGACACUUUGCAAAGCAGUUGCUGGAAAGUCAGAUCAGGGCCUAGUGAUCUCACACGCUGGAACUGGGACGAUCCUCGAUGCUUGGAAACUUGGCCUGCCUAUAAUUGUUGUUCCCAACACUGACCUGUUGGACGAUCAUCAAUCAGAGAUGGCCCGUUAUCUUGCCGACGAAGGCUAUGCCACACAAAGUAGCACCGAUCUCGAAGACCUUCAAAGUGCGAUCGAUAAGUCAAGUCGCCUUUGGGAGGAGAACAAAAACCGAUGGCAGCCUCACAGCACGUCUUCGCAACCUCAUGCCCGUAUCAGCCUGUGGGAAAUUUCCCCUAAAGAAGUUCGAAGGGAAGAAAAUUCUCAGAUGGUUCAUGAUUAG